AUGACGCUCGAACGCGAACUCGAGUGCGCGCGAGCGUGCGCGCUCGCGGCUGGGCGAGAGAUAUCGAACGCGUGGACGUCCAAGCGCGACGUGGAGUACAAAGGGUCGGUCGAUCUCGUCACGGCGACGGAUAAGAAGUGCGAGGAGAUCAUCUUUAAGAUGAUUCGUGAAACCUUCCCGGAGGACGACGUCGUCGGUGAGGAGACGCACGGGAGCGAGACGCUGCGCCCGUCGACGCGGCGGACGUGGUACGUCGAUCCGCUGGACGGGACGACGAAUUUCGUGCACGGGUUUCCGUUCGCGUGCGUCUCGGUCGGGUUGUGCGUCGACGGAAAGCCGGCGGUUGGAGUGGUGCAUAAUCCGACGUUGAACGAGACGUUCGAAGCCUCGCUGGGAGGUGGAGCGCGGUUAAACGGGAACGCAAUCGCGGUGAGCGCGUGCACGGAGCUCGGCCGGGGGUUGAUCGGGACGGAGAUCGGCGUGCACAGGGACGAGGCGACGGUGGACGCCGUCAUGGGACGCUUGCGUGCGCUGACGAAACACGCGCGGAGCGUUCGGUGCUCGGGGUCGUGUGCGAUGAACAUGUGUGGGGUGGCGAUGGGACGUUUGGAUGGUUUUUUUGAGAUCGGGUUCGGGGGGCCGUGGGACUGCGUCGCAGGCGCGGUCAUCGUGCGCGAGGCGGGAGGGGUCGUGCUCGAUCCCUCUGGCGAGGAUUUCGAUGUGUGCGCCAGGCGCGUGCUGUGUGCGAACGCGCACGUUGGUUCAUCGCUCGUAGAUGCUCUCAGUACCGUGCCCGACGGUCCCGAUGAGCCUCAAAAGCCGAGCGUAGCGACGUGUUGA